AUGAACAUCUCUUGCUCAUCACUGUUUAGAACUAUGUGGAAGCCUAUCCAGAUUGGUGACAAGGUGAUUGUACAGAAGGACGAUUCCUACCACGUUGUAGAGGUUCAACCCAAUGGGUUCAUUGUUUUUGAGAAGGUCAAGGUUCCAAUCUCUUCCAUCAUUGGCUACCCCCUGGGAGCAACAUUUUACUUUGACGGGACAAAAGUCACACAGGUUGAAUGCGAUGACAUAGCCUUGGAGGGAAUUGAAACUCAGUCCUCGAAGGACAACCGGCACCUCUUAGACCGCUCGGAAAACCAACUUCUGACUGCUGACGAUAUCAAGGACCUCAAGUCGGCCGGCUCUACUGGCAAUGUGAUCAUCUCGAAGCUGGUGGAAAAAAGUGCCACCUUCGAGCUAAAAACGAAGUACUCACAGGAGAAGUACUUGAAGAAGAAGAAAAAGUCGUAUUUAUUUGUCUUCACAGUUCGGCCUUCCAACUCACGCGCCACCGCCGAAAUGCUGUCCGACUCGGGUCGGUUUAAGUCAACGUCACUGCGAUACGACUCCCUCGUCCAGCUGUUGACCUACGCCAACGUGCAUGCCGGUUCGACGGUGCUUUUGACCGACUCUUACGGAGGACUGGUUAGCAAGGCGGUUAUGGAACGCCUGGGACACCGGAAAUUCGGUGGUCGUCUGAUCAAUUUCUUCCAUGGCACCUCUCCGCCCAUCGUGGACAUGAGACCGGCAGAGGAGUACUCACGAGUUUACAAAAUUCAAUUCACCGAAGUUUCUUCCCUCCUUCUGACGGGUUCAUUUCUGCGGAGCCAUCAAGCAGAGAAUGGCGACGGAGGGACAGAGUCGCUGCCUCCUAAGCAAAAGUGUUUUUUGUCUGCAGUGGACAGGGUGCCAAGUUCAGAUGCCGCUGAACCCUCUCCAACUGAGCUAAGCAAAACAGAAGGCCCAGAGCCCACUAGAAAGCAAAGAAAACGGCCGAGAAACGGGGAGGACAUGUCAGGCGAAGACAAGGUCAGGCUGUUUCAGCAGAAAAUGGAACAUCUCGACGAGGCUCGCAGGGUCCUUUGUCCCACAGAUGAGGAGUUGUCUUUGGAUCUUGAGAACAGACCGGACUGCCUCAUUGUGGCCACGCGUUUCUACCCCGUUGAAGUCACGCUUCUGUUGCUGCAGUUCCUACCGCCAGGUCGACCGUUUGUCGUUCACUCGCACCUGCUUCCGCCACUUGUCGAUUUGUACAACAUACUCAAGAGACGUGGAAGUUGCAUACAACUGGCGCUUAACGACACCUGGCUGCGUCCGAUUCAGGUGCUUCCGAAUCGCAGUCAUCCGAUGAUGCGUAUGGUCUCGGGUGGCGGUGGAUUCAUUCUUCGGGGCUACACCGUUCAACGCCGGGAAGAUCCCGAUGCCUUUUUGAGGCGUUCUACCAUGCGAACGUCGACAAAGCAGCUAUUUGACGAGGGACUCAUUUCGUACGCACAAUAA